AUGUCCAACAUCCCAGUCUCUGAUUCUACUGCCGAACUAUAUACUCAGUGGACUAAUCUCUCCGAUGAACAAAUAACGGCUGACGCGAUACCCAGUGUCCUAGGGAAGGUGCAAGAUGACUUAUGGGUUGCAGCGGCUUGUACGGACCGCGUUGUAGAGGACGUGUCAGUGCAGCACGCCUUGCUUACUUUUGGCCUUCAGCGUACUCAGGCUACUGCAGGAAAUGCAGUACUGGGAGCCGUUCGCAGCUGGCAAUCCGGAGUUGACGACGGUGACAGAGCUACGACCCCGUCCAAGGACGAAUCGAAUGGACAACCCCCGCAACCCGCAGACGAGAGGAUGCAGCGAGUACGGUCGCUGCUGCUUGCCCGUCUAGAACGCUUGAACACAUUUGUCGAGUUGUGCAAGGUCUCGGCUCCUACUUCUGAAGGUGAUCUUGAUGAAGAGUGGGAGGAUGACCCUUGGGCGGAAGCUGACGGUGGAGAGGAAGCAUCUGGCUCGCCCUCCGUACAGAAGACAUCAUCUACGUCGUCCGCACGACUCGGGACACCGCCAUUACCACUCACCCAGUUCCUCACAGCGGACCUGGCUUACAUAGCACGCCUGCUUGCUUCAAGGGAAGAGUUUGCGGCGCUCAGAAUCCUGAUGGACCGACAUGGGUCUCACUUAUGGCCGUAUCGCUUCUCCAUACUCGAAGCCAUCCCAGAGCUGGCUGAUCCAGAAGCUUACCGCGAGUUCCUUCCGGAAUAUGAUCCAUACACUAGUCGGGAACGAAAACCUGAUUUCCUGAAUGUCGAUAUUCCGCCGCCCAUAGACGGGUACUCUUUGCGGGCUCGGGUUCAUCAGGAACCUUUGACUGCGUCAGACCUCACCGAGUGGUGCAAGCGCCGAAUCGAUGUUAUCAUUUCUGUGACUGGCAUGGUGGACACUGCGCUGGCUUUCGUGCAGCAUUCUGUUGCCAGAGGCAUACCAGACCUUGACGAGAUAGGAGAAGACCUUAGUCUGCUGUCCAGGCUCAUAUAUGAUGCUCCCAAGCCUGGGAACGAAUCUGACACAAUGGACGAUUCAGACGAGUGGACUCUUGAGCGCUGGAAAUCAACCGAGCCGUCCGCGAUCAUUCGUGCAUAUCUCCUGCAUUCGACUCCAUCCACAUUAGUGAAGGAUAUCCGCGCCCUCGUGUUACCCUACUUAUUCGUUCUCGAAUCAAGGGCCGAGCGCGCCGGCAUACCGGAUCCUUCUCUUUCCAACCGCCUUCUCUAUGACUACAUAAUGUCCCUGCCUCUAACAAUGGCAGCUGCAGUGUUUGAAGCGUCGAAGCCAACCUUCCCUGCACCUCAGCGUCUGAUUAAGGACGAUGAAGACAUGGUACGACUUGCUCUUGCUUGCCUCUAUGGCAGCGAUAGCUUAGACGAAUGGCCGACUAUGAGUCGGAUUUUUGAAUGCUUGCCUGCGUGGCAGAAUGCCAAUGACGAGGAAGAGGAUGAAGCCGAUACAACGAUCACAUCUCUGGGCGCUUUUGUCACGCCAUCCACUACCUCACCGAGGGCUAGUGCUUCUGAUCUUCUAGUUUUCUUCAAUCCUUUACCGUCGACUUCGUUGUCUCACAUCUUGGACGUUCUCGAUGUACAUCUGGAAUCAGGAGAGAUCCUCGCGCGAUGGGGCGUUCCCGCACCCUUGCGGUGGUUCUUGCAGAGCAGAAAUGACAUGGUCGAACAGCGGGCAUGGGCCAACAGGAUGGCAAGGCGGGCCGGAGGAUCUGAAGAAGAGCUCGACACUCAAGAAGAGUGGGAGUGGCUUUUGGAUGAUAUGCUCAAGUUGGUCGGGACGGGUGAUGGCGGCAUCAAGGGAGCGUUUGGGCUAUUGUCUCGAGAGGAGAUUAAGAAGAUCUUCUUCGCUGGUCUUCUGAGCUGUGGUAAGUUCCCAAUUGCCAAGGCCAUCCUACGGAAUCCCAGGGGGAAGCUGCGACUUGAUGCCGAUGUUGUCGAGGACAUUUGUCUAUCCGCUUCACGCGAAUUCUAUGAUAACGCAAGCUCUGGUAACUACACUCAUGGUGACAUGAAAUUGGCGUAUGAUUGUCUGGACGUGCCCUCCCCUACACCUAUACUGGUGAAAGAGAAGGAAUUCAUCGAGGCGACCUCGCGUUUGUCUUCGUACAAUGUCACGUCUCGUUCCGGGGUCCCAAUUUCACCCAUUGAAAUACGGCUCACGAAAGAUCGCCUUUCCCUUGUGUCUCGGCUGCUUUCGAAUAAUCCAGAUGCAUACAAGCAUCGGGAUGUGAUUCUGGAGCUUGUUCACAAGCUCGGGUUCCAAGGAGAUGAAAUCGCAGAGGUUAAAACCUAUGCUAUGCUCGCAGACACGGCUUUACAAGCGGAAGACUUUGCUCGUGCCUUCGAUACUAUCGAAGCCAUGGUGGGCAAAGUAUUGGAUAUUAGGUCUACCGUUCCCCCCGGCAUCGAGGAUCCCAAGACACAGGAAUGCUCUGAAGUAUGCUGGAUUGCCUGUUAUCAACUGGGACGUCAACCCGAGUUCGAUGAAGUAGAGAAGAAGAUGCGCCUUCUGGGUUGGGCGCUUGAGUUCUGUCCUCCUGACAAACUUCCUGAUAUCCUACAUUCGUGGCAUCGUCUCGAAGACGAGGACGUUGAAUAUAGAGAAGGCAGAAUCAUGGCUCGUCGGAAUGGCUCAGAGGCUGCCCCGCGUAAACGACAUCCGCAAGCGCGUUCCAUCCCAAGCUUAGCGGAGCGCUUGCAGCGCAUUCAGAUGCCCGAUUUCCGUAUGCCAUCGUCGCCGUUGGCCCCGCUGGUCGGUAGUCCCGAUCCCGCAGCUUUAGCCAGCAGGACUUUCCACCGCGUCGCCGCGAACUUCCCUUUCUCCGUUGGUCAUCGAGCUCAAUCUCCUGGGUCGGAAGGCAGCUCCAGAAGCCGGGACGGAAGUAGGGUCAGACUUAAUACUGAUGAAGUCUCCGCUCAGGCCACUCGAGUAUUCCAGAAGGGUAUUGGUUGGCUCAUCGGUGCGGAUGAGGAGGCAUAGUACUCUACUUCACUCUGUCGCGUAUCAGAAGUUUCGAUAAAUAUUUGUUUCUUAACGUUCAUGCUCUCAGAUACCUUGAGGUCGCACCAUGGCAUGGAACAGGUUACCGAAGCAGCCAG